AUGGAGUCCAUGCCUCGGUAUCAAAUGAGACGGCCGCAAUGUCGGAUUCCCCCAGUCGAUAGUACAGCGUACUGUACUAUUUGAGCAUGCAAAUUUCGUUUCCCUUUCCGGAAGCGGGGCCUUUGAGGGGGGUGGAUAAAUAACGGGAGCCGGAGUGGAUCAAAAGAAUCGGUGGUUUGGACAUUGGACAGUUUAGCUGAGGAAUCUGCUCCUGGAAAUACGAGAAUUGAAGAGUUUUGCUUGGCUAUUCAAGACUUAUUAAGAGUUCUCCAGGCAUGUUUUGAACAAUUGGAAACAUUAGGCUUGAACCCAUCUUAGGAAUGGUGAAAUCAGGAACAAAAUCAUCAAGGUCCUUGAGAGAGUGAUGGCUAUUCAUCAUAAAUCUGAAUAUGGAGGCCACUGGGACAGAUGAAGUAGAGAAAAUAAAAUCAAAGUUUAUAUCUGCAUGGAAUAAUAUGAAAUAUGGCUGGGUACUGAAAACCAAAACUUACUUUAGCAGAAAUUCUCCUGUAUUUUUGCUGGGAAAAUGCUACCAUUUCAAGACCGAUGAGCCCAGUGACCAGUCACCAAAUGGUUCCUGUGAUGACAUGACAGAAGAAAAGUUUUCAAGAAAUGUUGAAGAGUUCCGUAAAGACUUUGUUUCUAGGAUAUGGUUGACUUACAGGGAAGAAUUUCCCCAAAUCAAGGGUUCAGUUUUAACAACAGAUUGUGGUUGGGGUUGUACUUUGAGGACUGGCCAAAUGCUUCUGGCUCAAGGACUUAUUCUCCACUUUCUUAGUAGAGACUGGACUUGGGCCAAUGCCUUUGUUUUUGAGAAUCCAGAGUCUGAAUCAUGGACAACUCAGACAGUAAAAAAGCUCACAGCAUCUCUUGAAACAUCACUUAUAGGAGAAAGAGAAUUCAGGAACCAGUCAAAUCACCCUAAAAGUCCAAUACGCAUCCGGGAAAAUGAAGAAAGCAUAGAGGAGCAGUAUCACCGAAGAAUCAUAUCUUGGUUUGCUGAUUCACCACUUGCCAAUUUUGGCUUGCAUCGGCUGAUAGAAUAUGGAAGGAAGUCUGGAAAAACAGCUGGAGAUUGGUAUGGGCCAGCAGUGGUAGCACACCUUUUGAGGAAAGCAGUUGAAAAAGCAAGGGACCCUGAAUUACAAGGAUUAACCAUCUAUGUUGCUCAAGACUGUACAGUUUACAAGUCCGAUGUUAUUGAUGCUCUCUGCCCUUUCACGGAUUCUGGAAAGACAAGUGCCAAAUCUGUGAUUAUAUUAAUUCCUGUCAGGCUUGGUGGUGAACGGACCAAUAUGGAAUACUUUGAGUUUGUGAAGGGAAUUUUGAGUCUUGACUACUGCAUUGGCAUUAUUGGAGGCAAACCUAAGCAGUCAUACUACUUUGCUGGAUUUCAAGAUGACAGCUUGAUUUACAUGGAUCCUCAUUAUUGCCAGUCUUUUGUAGAUGUCAGCGUAAAGGAUUUCCCCCUUGAGUCUUUCCAUUGCCCUUCUCCAAAGAAGAUGUCAUUUAAAAAAAUGGAUCCGAGUUGCACCAUAGGAUUGUAUUGUCGUGACGUCCAGGGUUUUGAAAGAACUGCUGAAGAAAUAACGAAGAUUCUAAAAUCCUCAUCUAAAGAGAAAUAUCCCGUGUUUACUUUUGUAAACGGACAUUCCAGAGACUAUGAUUUUGUGGCGAGUCCAGUCCAAGAAGAGAAGACAAUGUUCUCUGAAGAUGAACACAAAAAGUUGGCGUGUUUUAAUAAUGAAGACUUUGUCUUGCUAUGAGGACAUUUUUAUUUAUUCAUUUAAAUGUUUUUUUAUGCUCAGUCUUCACAGAUGUUACAAAAU